ACCCCCUCCUUCUCCCUGGGGCCCCGAUAACCCCCUCCUUCUCCCUGGGGCCCCAACAACCCCCCCUCCUACCUGGGGACCUGUUAACCCCUCUCCUCCUCCCCCUGGGUCCCCAACAACCCCCUUCCUGUACCCCGGGGCCCCUAACAUUGGAUUGGUUUCGCUCUCUUCCUGGUAAAGUUCUGUAAUCUCCGACAUGCCGGCACCAACCCGACCGACACUUCGAUUUCCACUAAAGGGGACCUCUGCUCCUUCACAAACCCCUCCCCCCCCCCAUUGUCUGCCCCCCGGAAUCAUGGGAGGUCCCAUCACUGAUAAUGGUGGAGAUCCGACAGAACACGGAGCCCGGGAGUCCCCCAAAACAUAUUCAACCCCCCACACUGAUAGAAGGAGAGAGCAGAGGGACGGAGAGAUCAGUUCCUACACACUGGGGGUGGAUCCAACAUGGGCUCAGAGGAAGUGGGUUAAAUGAUGCUGACCAUCAGGCUGAAGACAUCUAGUGUCAGAAAAGCGGUACUACGGGGGAAUCUCUGACAUGAAGCCGUCCAGGCGAGGGCGCUCUCCCCCCAUACACCUGACAUGGACUCACCUGCUGCUGGUCCUCUCCUUCCUCUUCUCCAUCGCCAUGACAACGUGCUUCAUCUGGCAGUACAAGCUGCCCAAGCUGGAGGCGGGUGUCACUACAGUAAUCUGGCAUUCUCCUUGUUGGCGCACGUCCUGGCAGAGCAGACAUCGGAGGGCGACUACCAGCGCUGGGUGUCGGACAACAUCCUGGACCGAAUCGGCAUGGAGGACACAGGCUUUGACCUGACGCCUCCGAUCGUGUCCCAGAUGGCGGUGGGCUUCUACAGCAGCGGCCAGGCAGCCCCGCUCUAUGACCUGGGUUGGUAUCGCCCAUCGGGACAAAUGUACUCCACGGCGGCGGACAUGGCUAAGCUGGCAAUGGGACUUCUGGGGACUUUCCACCGCCGCGUCCUGGAGGCGGAGACACUGAAGACCAUGCUGACGCCUCUCUUCAAAUGUUCUUCAGAUUAUUUCGCCAACAGGACGGGGACCCCCUGGGAGGUGAACGAGCAGCUUGGCUACGACAUCGUUCGCAAAGAUGGCGACCUUGAUGGAUAUUCCGCCACCUUCUCCAUCGUUCCCAAACUGCGGCUGAGUUUUAUCGUGCUGAUGUCAGGGACGCGACCCGCGGAGGAGGACAUUGUGUCCCGGACAUAUAACUUCCUGAUUCCCGCCAUGGAAAAAGCCUUUAGAGAGGCGGAGAAGAGACUUAACCCCGCCCCCAAUCCCGCCCCUUACAUAGGAUUUUACACCUACGCUAACCUGACGUUUUACGAGAUUAAGGCAGGGCGGAACGGAGUGCUGGAGAUGCAGCAAUUCGGUCCUCACAUUCAGGACCUGAUCCCAGAGAUUUACCGCACGAUCCGCCUCCAUUUCUUGGAGGACCGAAUCCUGCAGGUCGUAUUCGAUCGGGAAUUCCCAUGCAUCCUGUGGCUGGGGUCCGCCUCCGUCUCACUGGAAACGCAAGACCGCCAACUCUUCAACUUCCACCCCUACAACGCGCAGGGCGUGUCCCCGGCCUUCGACGCCCCGGGACUCAACACCUACAACGUCCAGCGCUUAGAUCACAAACCCGCCUUCUAUAACUGAUAAGGGGCGGAGCCACGGGACUGAUAUACCGCAAAUGUCUGCGUUUAAGAGACUCCGCCCCCAGAAAAAACCCCAAUAUAUCCAACGUGGAACUUCUACAAAACCCGACCGACCCUCACCGGGAAGAGGAGGGAUGAAUCUACGUCCAUCAUAGGAACCAUCCAAGGAGGAGACAUGGACUGACCCUGAAAUAUGAGGGGUUCCAACCAUCCCUGUGCCCAUUAUGAGGGGUUCCCACCAUCCCUGUGCCCAUUAUGAGGGGUUCCCACCAUCC